AUGUUAGAAAUAAAAUCUUGUACUGGAGAAAAACAACAACUAGUCAAACACACUCAGAAAUUGGUUCAAAAAAGAAUCUUUCUAAACUCCAACACACACACACACACACACACACACACACACACAAAUUUGCCACUGAUCCCCUCCCUCUCCCCACUCUUCCACUUUUCUCUCCUCCCUCCCUCUCACAUCUCCUCUCUUCCCUCCUUCCGUCCCCUUCAGAUUGUAUAAAUAUCUGUGAGCCGUUGAGCAGAGCUCAGUGUUACAGACCUGUCCACUUAGAGAGAGCCAGGGGGAGAAAAUAAUAAGAGGGUGAGAGAAUCCUGACCAGUGUUACAUCCAUUCAAGUAACACCUGUUACUCAAGACUUUCCUGCGGCAAACACUUUAGAGAAGUUCUAAACUCCCAGGAUGUUGUCCCUGCUCCUGCUGCUCCUGCUGGGUCUCCUGCUGCGCAGUGAUGCCCAGGACAGAGCCUCUCUGUGGAGGGGAAACGACCGGAGCGGACGAUGUCAGUACACCUUCACCGUCCCCAGCCCCGUGGAGUCCAGCUGUCCACAGACCGGGGGCGUAGAAAUGGAGGGUCUGAAGACCAGACUCAGUUUGCUGGAGGCGAUGGUGAGCCAGCUGACAGGAAGAGAGACUGGAGGUCCCCAGGCGGUCGGAGCCAGAGCUCAACCUGAGCUUCAGGAGGCGCUGAACCGGGGGCUGGGGGAGAGGAACCUGCUGCAGGGAGAGAAGGAGCGGCUAGAGAGGGAGCUCAGGGGGCUUCAGCAACGCAUGGAGGAGAUGAGGAGGGAGAUGGAGAAGCUGAGGAACAGACCCUGUCCUCCCGUGGUGCCACCUAGCCCCCCGCUGCAGAACAGUGGCUUGAUGAGACCUGCUGGGGGCUCCACCCUGUUGACCAGGCCCAACAGACAGGGAGACAGCAGCAGCAGCAGCAGCUUCAGAGACUCGGCGUGGCAGUACGGACAUCCAGGUUUCCAGGAGCUUAAGGCUGAGGUGACCGAGGUACCUGCUCCUGACGGCUCCAACAACAACAACACAGGUUGUGGAGAGUUAGUAUCAGUUGGUGAGCCAGUCACUCACAGGAAGGCUGACAACAUAGCAGGUAAAUAUGGGGUCUGGAUGCAGGACCCUGAGGCCGUUUCCCCCUACGGACCCAACAUGGUGUGGCGCAUCGAUACUGUUGGGACUGACGUGAGGCAGCUGUUUGGGUAUGAAGACAUGGAACAACUCUCAAAAGGCUUUCCAUCUAAGGUGCUGCUGUUGCCAGAGUUGGUAGAAAGCACCGGUGCCACCAUUUAUCGCGGCUCUCUCUACUAUCAGAGGCGCCGUAGUCGCACGCUCAUCCGCUAUGACCUUUCUUCUGAAAGCACUGCUGCCAGACGUGAUCUUCCCCACGCUGGAUUCCACGGCCAGUAUCCUUACUCCUGGGGAGGCUAUACUGACAUUGAUUUGUCCGCGGACCAGCAGGGACUGUGGGCCGUCUACUCCACCAGCAAAGCCAAAGGUGCCAUAGUCAUCUCACAGCUUGAUCCCAACACACUGGAAGUGAGGAGAAGCUGGGAGACCAACAUCAGGAAGAGCUCCGUGGCCAACUCCUUCAUCGUUUGUGGAAGGAUGUACACCAUAGCCAGCUAUUCCGCCUCCAACACCAUCAUCAACUACAUGUACGACACUGCCACCAGCCAGGGGAAGGCCGUGUCCAUCCCCUUCAGGAACAAGUACCAGUACAACUCCAUGGUUGACUACAACCCAACUCAGAGGAAGCUGUUUGCUUGGGACAACUUCCACCUAGUGUCCUACGACCUCAGGUUAGGCCGCAGGCAGGCCAACUGAGGCCAGAAUUAUGACUGUUAAUAAGUGACCUGUUCCUGCUUCAAAGACUCACUGACAAAGAUAUGUGUUAGAAAUAGUUCAAAGGCUUCCACCAUCAGUCAAAACGCAAAGAAAACUGUUUGAGGAACAGUGUCAGCUAUGAGUUUUCUAGGUCAGAGAACUGUUUUGUUUUAUUAUUUUUUUUUGUGGCCCAGUCCACAAACAAGUUUGUAGAGGAAUUAUUUUUGUACUGCCUUUAACACAGAUGUAUUAUCAUUUUGUUUUACGUCGAGCUAUAAAUGAGUUCUAAAAUUUAAACAUAGUUCACAGCAUAGACUCUUGUGGUAUAACAUGCUACUGCAUCUCGCUGAUCGUGUUUUUAAUCAUGUUUUUUCUCACUCAGCAUGUUAUGCAUAAUACUGCAUGUACUUCUACACUGUAGUCAGCACUACUGGUGUUCGAAAGUCAAAUAAAAUAAACUUGGUCAACUACACUUUCAUUUGGCUUAUUUUGAAUUGUGCACCUAAAAAAAGCAGACUCGGCCUCACAAAUGAAUGGGUUAGGAUGAUGAUUAGGCUUCCCUAGCGGCGAGUGACAGAAUCUCAGUUAUCAAGAAAGUGACUUUAAUGAAACAGUUUCAACUCAAUUCAAAAUGGCACUACACAUCAAAGUACUUACAAACAUCAGGUUAUCUGAAUGUGUAAUUGGAAUUACUCCCAAGUGGCCAUAGUGACCUGGCCUAGUGAUCAUGUGCAUGUUUUUUUUUUUUUACUGAGGACAUUAGAGAAACAUCUCCAAAUUAAAGUCAAGUCAACACAGACAUUAACAGUAUAUUAUUUUUAUUAGUUUCUGUAACCAAACCAAGAGAAUGUAAAUAAGACCGUACAUCUUUAAUACAGCGAUGAAACCCCUGUACAAGUACAACAAAAAAAUAAAACAAAAGAAUAAUCCCCACCCUCCCUCAUCCAUUAUCCACUGUAAAGGUUAGAAGAGGGGAGGAUGUCCUCCGCACCUCAGGGUGCAAACCGUUGUACACGUCUGAGAAACCCUUUUAAACCACAACCCUGAGGUGAGAGCAUUUUGGGUGGGACAGCCAACGGAGGUGAAGCAGAGACUGAAAACAGCACUGAUUGCUCUCAACAGUAUAGACAUCAAAACAGUAAGUGUCCUUCUAACCAUUCUUUUCUUCGUCUGUCCUGCUCUGGUUCCCCCUAGUGGAGGCUGACACACACGCACACUGAAAGGUUUUCUGACAUUCAAUUCCUUACAGUUAAAACUCCUCAAAAUAGCCCUCGCCUGCUAUUUUUGGCUAAGGGCA